AUAAUAAUAAUAAUAAUAAUAAUAAUAUAAAUAUAAAUGAUAUAAUUUAACAUCGGACAUGGAAUGAUAGCUAGGUACAGUAAUAGUAAUAGUAUGGGGAUGGGAUGAUCAAACUACAGAGUCGUACGUAGCCGUUUGUCGACCCAGGAUCUAGAAAGGAAAGUAGGGCCCCGGGCAGACGUAAGUACUAAGUACCUGCUGAACCCAUCCGGGUGGAUUUGUCAAAUGGGUUCGUGCCCAAUGGGAACAGGGAUUGGAAUGAAGGUUCAAGUCUUGAGGAUUCAUUCCCAGGGAGGGUUUCAGAGGAAUGGGAGAGAGAGAGAGAGAGAGGGCUGUGGGGUAAGGUCAGGUCAAGCGGAAGCUUGGUCGUCUGUACAAAGUACAGUACCUAUACCUUCAUCAUUCAUGAUGAGAGGAGGCGAGGUACGUAAGAAGGUCGGUGCAGGUGCAGAUGCAGAUGCAGCUGGAGCUUUGAGGUCGCCGUGUAACCUUCACCAAGAAGAUCUCUCAGAGCUCGGAUGUAUGCAGCGUGCAUGUAUGUAUAGUACUUACAUACAGGGUAAACAAGGGGGAAAAAAAAGAAGAAGCAACUGGCGGGGACUACUCGUCCGUAGGGAUGUGGCCGUGACAGAUCUCGAUGGAGGAGGGCAAUGCGCAGAUCGAUGCGAAGUUAACAGGCCGACGGCGAAUGUGGAAGGGCCUGAGCUGCACCAGCACACAGCCGUCCGGGGGUUCCCUGGAAAGCUGUUUGCUGGGAUGCCCGAGAAGCUCGCAGAGUGGUUGCUCGACGAAGGGACACAUCACUUUCGGAUCACUUUCGGCCUCCAGGAUAUUGGACGGUUUCAUCCUCUCGCCGUCUUCCCUCGACCCCCUUUCCCACGAUCUUACGGGCCCCCCGAGGUUUAUUAACCCUUAACACCGCUGUCGUUAUUGAUUGAUCGCGCGUUUAAUGCAGGAGACUUGAUAUUUAGUGCGUAGGUGGCUUGCCAGCUUCAGGGACGGUCGUUUUAGAAGCAGU